AUGAUGCGUACCUUGUCAAUCUGGGUAAAGCUCCCCCAACUUCUACUUCAAUUAUGGGGAGAAAAAAUCCUUAGCAAGAUAGGGAGUGCCAUUGGUGUGCCUUUGGUGACAGAUGAGUGCACAACUCAGAAAUUCCUAGUGGAAGUUGAUAUCACACGCAAGCUGCUCGAUGAAAUUACUAUUAAAGAUGCAGAAGGCAAAAAGAAGAAACAAAUGAUUGAGUAUGAAUGGAAACCAAAAUAUUGUGAUAAAUGCCAAGUUGUUGGUCAUAUGUGUGGUGAACCCAUCAAGAAGAAGGUGUGGAAACUGAAGAUCCAAUUGGAGUCCAAUCCACAUGUGCUAACCACACCCAAGGAGAUACCAAAGUCAACUGCAGAGAACACUGAGCAUACCUUGGAGGAUUGGACUGCUGUAAAUAAAACUACAAGAGACAAGGGAAAGAGAGUCCUCUAUGCUGAGCCAUCACCUUCUGUCCCUUGUGUUAAUGUGUUUGGGAAUGAGAUUUGCAUUUUGCUUGAGACACGGGUUAAAGUAAAUAAAGCUGCUCAAAUUAGACAGAAGCUGCAUCUGAAAGGGCGGUUCUUGGAUAACUAUGCCUUCCAUAAUAAUGGUCGUAUUUGGAUUAAUUGGGAUCACACUCACAAUGAUCUGAGACACAUUAAGAGCAGCAACCAGUUUGUCCACUGCGGAGUUUAUGAUCUACUUGGUAACUUCAAAUACUGGCUUAUAGCAAUUUAUGCUCUAAACCAAUUGGAACAUCGAAGAAGAUUGUGGACUGAUAUUGAACAUCUCAGCAGAACCCAACAAGGCCCCUGGUGUCUAAUUGGAGAUUUUAACAAUGUCCUCCAAGCUCAAGACAAAAUUGGUGGUAACUUGGUCAUUGAGAAUGAGUAUAAGGAUCUCCAAAACAUGAUGGAUAACACUGGUCUUUGUGAAAUGCCUAGCAAAGGUGAUUUUUACACUUGGUUUAAUAAGCAGAGUUCUUCUCCCAUUUACUCCCGCAUUGAUAGGCUCAUUGCUAACACUGAAUGGCUUCAGAUGUUUAGUGAUAUUCACCAAAACAUUCUCCCCCCUAGUAUAUCGGAUCAUGCCAUGCUUCAUGUGGCUAUGAAUCAAUCUAGAAGAAUGCAGCAUAGCUAUUUUAAGUUUCACAAUAGUCUUACUGAUGCAAUAGACUUUCAGGAUAUUGUUAGACAUAGCUGGAAUCUCCUUAGCCGUGGCUCCCAUGAGCAUCCUAUGGCAUAA